CUACAGAGUUCCUGUUAGAUAAAGCAGCGCGCAGAUCAAACCCCGGGUUUAAACGCUUCAUGUAGCGGUUGAAUCGCCGUCUGCACACCAGCCACUCCCAGGUAGAAGCGCGAUCUCCCUCAUCGAGUCGACCGUGUACAUAUACCUACUAGCACUCCGUUAAUGAUAUGGAAGGUGACAAUAUGGAUGUCAGUCAUCGGAGCCAUCGGAGUGUUCAUGUGGAGGUUCAUGUUAAAUCUCACAGCACAGCCAAGCGGUCAGAUGUGCAGACACAUGUCCUGGCUUUACUGGGUCGUCAUUGCACUGUUUUUGGAAAUCAGAAGUGGAGAGAUUUUGACGAAGAGUUCCUAAAGAAGAAUGUGGAAUCUGUUGCUGUUGUAGAUGAGGAGGACAUGCCUGUGGAUCUGAAGAGCUCUGAUGUUUCCCUGCACAUCUUCACUCUUAAUGAUGAUGGCCCUAGCACGCUCAACCUGGAGGAGGACGAGGAGCUCUCGGCAGCCAAUCACUGGCUACUGCCGGCAGCUGAAUUUAAUGGAAUUUGGGAGAGCCUGGUAUAUGAAGAUGGAGUUAAAACACAGCUUUUGGAUUAUGUCUCGACGACAAUUUUCUUCUCAGACAAAAAUGUUGACAGCAACCUUAUAUCGUGGAACCGUGUUGUGCUGCUUCAUGGUCCCCCAGGCACAGGGAAGACAUCCUUAUGCAAAGCACUUGCACAGAAGUUGUCCAUUAGACUUUCAAACCGGUAUUCCUACGGGCAGUUUGUUGAGAUAAACAGCCACAGCCUCUUCUCAAAGUGGUUCUCAGAGAGUGGUAAACUGGUGACUAAGAUGUUCCAGAAGAUCCAGCAGCUUAUCGAUGACAAAGACGCUCUUGUGUUUGUUCUGAUUGAUGAGGUGGAGAGCCUCACUGCAUCGAGGAACGCAAGCCAAGCGGGAACGGAGCCUUCUGACGCCAUCCGAGUGGUCAACUCUGUUCUUACGCAACUAGACCAAAUAAAGCGACACCCCAACGUGGUGAUCCUGACGACCUCCAACGUGACGGACAAGAUCGACCUGGCGUUUGUGGACCGGGCAGACAUCAAGCAGUACAUCGGCCCCCCGUCGGAGAAGGGCAUCUACAACAUCUACCUGUCCUGCCUUGAAGAGCUCAUGAAGUGCCAGAUAAUCUACCCUCGACGUCAGCUGUUUACCAUGUCUGAGCUUCAGACCAUGGGCUUUGUGGAGAGUGAGGUGUCGGAUCACAGUCUGAUCCUGAGAAACAUUGCUCUAAAGAGCAAAGGUCUGAGUGGAAGAACACUCAGAAAGUUGCCUUUCUUGGCCCAUGCCCUCUUUGUAAAGUGUUGUGCGUAGACGCCGAUGGUAACUUUGGAGCGCUUCCUGGAGGCUUUGGACCAGGCCGUCACCAAACAAAAGGUGGAGAAAGCACACUUAGCCAACAGUGUCUGAGGGGUAGCACUAUUGUAUUAGGCUAAUGCCAUUUAGGGCUGUUUUACCAAUGCUUUCUGUUGGUUUGUUGUUUACCAGGAUUUGUUGUUUAUUUCAAUCAAUGUUGUGUUUGGAACAUGACACAAGUUCAUUACAAAUCUGAUGAUAUGGCUUUUGGUUUAUGAACUUUGAAGAUGAAACUUUCUCAGUAGCUUCUGUGCAUUAAAGGUUUGGUUCAAUGUUAAAUCACUAUUGAGAUGUUUUGUUAAAUCCAAGGUUGUAUAUUUCUACUAUAAAAAUUUGUUCAUCAUAGUUUUCUCAAUUAACCAAAAUGUCAACAUCUGUAAAAAACAAAAAAAUCGUAUACAAGUUUUUGUAUGUUUCAACUCUUGUUCAACGUUUAUCCAUGUACUCAUGUUAUUGUGUAUACAACAUUUUAUAAACUUAAUUAUAUCUUCACCAGUUCAUUUUCACAGCACUUUUCUGUAAAGAAUUGUAUAACACUGGUCAUUUAUUGGCUUUUUGAAGAAAAUAUAAUAUCUCUUUUAUGCUGGAAAUUAUAUAGCAGCCGGUACAUAGUCUUGUGUAAUAGAUUAUAUCGAUUUGACCAAGUUUGAAGAAGCUGUUGAAAGAUAGCUUGCAAGACGGUGAAACUAGAAACACUAGUCCUGGAGCAUCCUGAUAAAUUGGUUGGAUUUCCAAAUGGAGAAAUCUCAUGGUGCUUCUGAUGGUAACCCUUAAUUCUGACUUAAUUAGGGUUUCCUCUCCCGCAAUGAUUUGUUUUUGCAACAUGAUUGAUCCGUUUUGAUGUAAAAAAGGCAUGACAUAUCUGGCCUAACAAAAGCCAGCGUGGCGGAUCAGCCUAUAUGUAUGAUGGUGUUUGGCAUUCCCCAAGUCGUGUGCAUUCCCCAAGUCGUGUGCCACAUUGCAUGUCAGCUUGUGGCCUCAGAGAAUGUGGCCUUUGUUUGAACUUGACUUGAACAGCUUUGUUAACUCUACUUUACAAGCUUUCCCUGUGUUUGUCUUGGUUUUUGCUUGCUUUGUUUGAAUCAUCAGUGUCACCUAUUGGCCAUGUCUGACUAUGACUAUACACAUUUGACAAUGCUUUUAUUGUUGUCUGGUAAAGAAGAUUAAUGUUUUUUGGAUCAA